GGUCACGUGGCGCAGCCGAGCCGGUGUCACGUGACGGCGGGAGCGCCCUUCCCCGAUGCGGGGUCCCCUCCUGGCGGCCGCGGGCGCUGCCAUGGGCGGCGCGGGAGGUCCCCUGGCCCGCACCAUCCGCGCCAAGCUGACCGCAGCCCUCCAACCCACGCACCUGGAGGUUCGCGAUGACUCCCCCCGCCACGGGGGCCCCCCCGGAGCCGAGACUCAUUUCGGGGUGCUGGUGGUGAGCGGGCUCUUCGCGGGGCUCUCGCCGCUGCAGCGGCACCGCCUGGUGCACGAGGCGCUGCGGGCCGAGCUGGCCGGGCCCCUGCACGCCCUGCAGGUCACCGCCCGCACCCCCGAGCAGUGGCACAGCGACCCCCAAAACCCCCCCGCGCCCCCUUGCCUGGGGGGGUCCAAGAGGGAGAAACGCCGCGGGGGCGGGGACGAGGAGGAGGAGGCGAGGAAGCAGUGAAGGCUCUGGGAGAGCCCCGGGAGCGGCGUGGGGCUGCUGGGACCCCCCCAGGAACAACGGGACCCCCCCAGGAACAACAGGAUCCCCCCAGGAACAACGGGACCCCCGUCAGGAACAACGGGACCCCCCAGGAAC